AUGAAUGCUCUCUCUUUCAGCCUCUCUCUCUCUCUCUCUCUCUAACACAUCGAUAAAAAGCGCACCGUACUGGAAUUCCACCUCAGCUCCACCCCACACACCCGAGGGACUCGGAAAUCGACGCCCCCUUCAGCCAUGACUGCAGUGAAUCAGUAAAUUUAAAGAAAAAGGAAAACCAGAUUUUCGUUUCUGAUCCAUUUUAAACGUGGAAAUGAUCAGAUAUACAUAUAUUUUUUUCAGUUUAAAGUGUAAUUUAUUUGAGUGGACCGCGUGAAUCAGUCGAUUUUACGGCUCAAUGUAUGAAAUUUCUCUGUGACCCACCUGAAUUUAGAAUAAUUCUGAGGUCAGAAAAACUCCCAAUUGGAUUUUCAGCUACUGCGAUAUGCAAAAGAUACUGACAUGAAUAGAGAGGAGUUCAGAAAUAUUAUGUCUGUGAGGACGAAACCAGCAAGUCUAGCGACUGGAAAAAGCAAUGGCCAUUGUGAAGAUGAAGGGGAAUCCAAGAUGGAACCACAUGUGGGGUUAGAGUUUGACUCGGCAGAAGAGGCCCAAGAGUUUUACAGUGACUAUGCAACCCAAGUGGGGUUCAAAAUUAGGAUUGGUCAGCUGUAUAGAUCCAGAGUUGAUGGCGAUGUUAUUUGUAGGAAAUUUGUUUGUUCAAAGGAGGGAUUUCAGACAAACGCAAGAACUGGCUGUCCUGCUUUCAUAAGAGUGCAAAAAGUUGAUUCUGGGAAGUGGGUUUUGGCCAAUAUAAAAAAGGAACAUAACCAUGAACUUGAAGUCCCUGGAGAAAUUUGUCCACCCAAGAUUCAGAGAAAAAGUUUUCCUACUCCUAGAUCAUCAGCUGGUGGGGCAAGUAGGACAGGAAUCAGAUCGCACGAGGAGGAUGGUCUAACUGGUGUUGUCGACACUAAACGUCUCAAAAAGGAAGACAUGGGAGGAAUUGCAGUACCUAGAGGUGAACCAUACAAGGGUCUCGAAUUUAGUUCUGCUGAUGAAGCAUACAAAUUCUACUACACAUAUGCAGCCAUUACAGGAUUUAAAGUCAGGAUCGGUCAGUUAUUCCGCUCCAAACAUGAUGGAUCAAUUACAUCCCGAAGAUUUGUGUGCUCCAAGGAAGGGCAUCAGCACCCUUCAAGAGUAGGUUGUGGAGCAUACAUGAGAAUACAAAGACAAGAAUCGGGAAGGUGGGUGGUCGAUCGUCUUCAAAAGGAUCACAAUCAUGAAUUUGACAGUCCCACAGAUCCUAGUAGAAGAGUGACACUUGCAUCAAAGGGGUAUAGAGAGGAAGGAAGCAGUGGGUUGGAAAAUUUGGAUUUAGUUGAAACAAAUGGAGGCCUUAGCCUUGUCAAGCGAGUGCGAGAAAGUAAUAUUGGUAGUGAGUGGUAUAGUAUGCUUCUUGAGUAUUUUCAAUCUCGGCAAGCAGAGGAUACGGGAUUUUUUUACGCGGUGGAAAUGCAUGAUGGUAAAGGCAUGAAUCUUUUCUGGGCUGAUGCAUGGUCUAGAUUUUCCUGCACUCAGUUUGGAGACGCGAUUGUGUUUGAUACAACAUACAGGAGAGGUAAUUAUUUUGUGCCAUUUGCUUCUUUUAUUGGGGUUAAUCAUCAUAGGCAAUCGGUACUUCUUGGCUGUGCUCUAAUUGCUGACGAAUCGGAAGAGUCAUUUACUUGGAUAUUUCAGGCAUGGCUUAGGGCAAUGUCGGGGCGCCACCCUGUGUCUAUAAUAGCCGAUCAGGACAAGGCCAUUCAAAAUUCAAUUGCACAAGUUUUUCGGGGGUCACACCAUCGGUUUUCUGCAUGGCAAAUUCUGAACAAAGAACAGGAGAACCUGGGCGCAUUACUCUCAAUGAAUGCCAAGUUCAAAUAUGAGUAUGAAACUUGUAUUUUUCAGACCCAGACCGCUAAUGAAUUCGAUUCGGCGUGGAAUGUGCUUAUGAACAAAUAUAACUUGAGAGAGAAUGCUUGGUUAAGGGAGAUGUACAGAAUGCGUAAAAGUUGGGUUCCCCUGCACAUAAGGGGCAUAUUCUUUGCUGGCAUUCCUGUGGAUGGAAGCUUGAAAUCAUAUUUCAGUCCUCUAUUGACAGCCCAAACACCUCUCAAAGAAUUUGUUGUAUUGUAUGAAAAAGCUCUUGAACAACGCCGUGAAGAGGAAAGGAAGGAGGAUUUGAAUUCGUUUAAUAUACAAGCAGUUUUGCAUACAAAAGACCCCAUAGAAGAACAGUGUAGAAGGCUUUACACCAUCACAAUGUUUAAAGUAUUUCAGAAAGAGCUUUUAGAAUGCUAUAGCUAUGUUGGAACAAAAAUAAAUGUCGAAGGAGCCAUUAGUAGAUAUCUGGUACAGAAGUGCGGAAAUGGAGAUGAGAGGAAUACGGUUGCCUUUAAUGCAUCCAAUCUUAAUAUCAGUUGUAGUUGUAAAAUGUUUGAGUUCGAAGGUGUUCUUUGCAGGCACGCUUUGAAAGUAUUCCAAAUAAUGAACAUAAGGGAGCUUCCAUCUCGAUAUAUCUUGCAUCGAUGGACCAAAAAUGCGAGAUAUGGUAUACUCCGAGAUGCUCAUUCAGCAGGCGGUUCUGAAGAUUUCAAGCCCCUGAUGUUUUGGAGUUUAAGAGAAGAAUCCCUUAAUUUCAUCGAGGCAGGAGCAGCAUCUUUAGAAAGAUACAAAAUUGCCGUCGAGAUCAUGCAGGAGGGUAGAAGAAGUCUCUGCUGGCAAACUUAGUAAAUUUCUAAGCUGCAGGUCAGAGAUAUUUUCUUCCUUCCAUAUUUCAUCUUGAUUCUCUAGUCUGAACUUUGUAAUUCCUCCCUUGCCUAGUUUUAGUGGGUUUUCAGCCAUGUGACUAAAUAGAAACUCUUUUCCGUGAAGUACUUAGAGUUGUACUAUGGCUCUAUUUGUAGUUUACCUGUUUCAUAUCACUGUCAAGCAGUGCUUGAAUGAAGAAGUGAAUUUUGUUCCAAAAUGUAAUUGCCCACCUGCAUUUACGUGUCUUGUUCUUAGAGUAAUCUUAUUGAUUUGGCAUUCAUGUACGAGGUUUUUUUUAUUGACUUUUCUUCUACAUACUA